UUGGGAAGAAGUGCAAACGGCCUUAUCCACUCCCCCACCUCCCGGGCAGAAGGAAAUGAGAGCCUGGCUUGGAGAAGCUGUGAAGGCACCUGGGUGGCUCUUGCGCUUCGUUCUCUUUCUCCCCAUCCCGAAGUUGCAAGCUUUGGGCAGGAAAGUCGUGCCGCCGCCAUUGUCGCGGCUGUUCAGGGGUAGGGGAGGCGGCCGCCGCUGCUUAUGUAAGUUUGGCUUUGCCGGAGCCCCCGCUCCGCGUUCUGCGAGGGCGCCUCCGCGCGCCUGCGGCGUGGAGAACCGUAGUAAAGGGGCAGCUUUGUAAUGGAGGUGUAGCUGGGCUUCGGCCUUUCACCCCCUACACGCAUACUGGCAAUGGGUAUCUUCCAGUUUGACUCACCUGAACUUAGCAAUUGAAACAUCUCCAUAGAAAAAAGUGGGCCUCAGAGACCUCAAAAGAGACUGGAGGCCAAAUAACACCCUAGCUAAAAAGGGGAAUAAAAAUCAGCACACGGAUGUAUACGGCCACUCCUCUCCCUACCUAGUCCGUGCACUUUUAUCCCACGAGCCAUGGAUACAGUUACUGGCAGCAAUAGGAAGUGACCCGGUAGGAAGUUUGGCCCGGCUGCUUUCUUUCGGCGGUGACUAAAGACCAGGUUCCAUUUAGGCAACAAAGUUGGAAGCAUACCUAGAACUAAUUUUGCCUAACCCUCACACUUUGCAGAUAAGAACCCUCCCCCCGUGCUGCUUCAGGCAGCUGAUUGCUGCUUUUGCUUUUCUGGAGAGGGGACUUUUUGAUAGUUGUGGAUUUGGGUCUCUUGUGUCAUGUUUUGCCCCCAGUUUUGGAGUAAGACUAUUGCAGCCCAGUCCCUUGGUCCUACCAUACUAAAGUUUGUAUUUGUGUGAUCGCUGUUUAGUAGAAGAAACUUUUUUUUUUAGUUUUCAGGAUAUUGGUCUGCAGGAUGGAGCUCCUCUGGUAAGAGUUAAAACUCAAAAAGCUAGAAUUCUUUGAGCUUCUCAGUAGGGAUACAGGUGAAAACACCUGGAUUUCUCAAAUGCAGGUUUAAAGACCAGUGUAGCUUAAAUGAUGUGUACUACAUUGCACAGAAGUGUGGAAAGAAAUAACCAGCUACUGUUCCCUCUCCUCCGAUGUUAGCUGUUGGAGCUGGAACUGAUGCUGCCGGCCACCCUCCUCUCUGUUCCCAACCUGAAAAUGGGUACAUGUGCAAGUGGCAGGAUAAGAAAGAUUGGCGUGCCCCCGAUCAGUUAUUCUGAUCUGAAGAAUUUGGUGUUUCAAGCAUUAAGACAAUAGCCUGAGUUGUUCAUGGAGUUUUUCAUCAGUAUGUCUGAAACCAUUAAAUAUAAUGAUGAUGAUCAUAAAACUCUGUUUCUGAAAACACUAAACGAACAACGCCUGGAAGGGGAAUUUUGUGAUAUUGCUAUUGUGGUUGAAGAUGUGAAAUUCAGAGCACACAGAUGUGUUCUUGCCGCCUGCAGCACCUACUUUAAAAAGCUUUUUAAGAAGCUUGAGGUUGAUAGCUCUUCAGUAAUAGAAAUAGAUUUUCUUCGUUCUGAUAUAUUUGAAGAGGUCCUGAACUACAUGUACACAGCAAAGAUUUCCGUGAAAAAAGAAGAUGUUAACUUAAUGAUGUCAUCGGGUCAGAUUCUUGGUAUCCGAUUUUUGGAUAAACUCUGUUCUCAGAAGCGUGAUGUAUCUAGUCCUGAUGAAAAUAAUGGCCAGUCAAAAACUAAAUAUUGCCUCAAAAUAAAUCGCCCCAUUGGAGAUGCUGCUGACACUCAGGACGAUGAUGUGGAAGAAAUUGGAGAUCAAGAUGACAGUCCAUCUGAUGACACUGUUGAAGGCACCCCGCCGAGUCAGGAGGAUGGGAAGUCGCCUACAACUACGCUCAGGGUUCAGGAAGCGAUCCUGAAAGAGCUGGGGAGUGAGGAAGUUCGAAAAGUAAAUUGCUAUGGCCAGGAAGUAGAAUCCAUGGAGACCCCAGAAUCGAAAGAUUUGGGGUCCCAGACCCCUCAAGCCUUAACAUUUAAUGAUGGAAUGAGUGAAGUGAAAGACGAACAGACACCAGGCUGGACAACCGCUGCCAGUGACAUGAAGUUUGAGUAUUUGCUUUAUGGCCACCAUCGGGAGCAGAUCGCCUGUCAGGCAUGUGGCAAGACAUUUUCUGAUGAAGGCAGAUUAAGGAAGCAUGAAAAACUCCACACAGCAGACAGGCCAUUUGUUUGCGAAAUGUGUACAAAAGGUUUUACCACACAAGCCCACCUGAAAGAACACCUAAAAAUCCACACUGGAUAUAAGCCCUACAGUUGUGAGGUGUGUGGAAAAUCAUUUAUUCGCGCCCCAGACCUAAAGAAGCAUGAGAGAGUUCACAGUAAUGAAAGACCGUUUGCAUGCCAUAUGUGUGACAAAGCCUUCAAACACAAGUCCCACCUCAAAGAUCAUGAACGAAGACAUAGAGGGGAAAAGCCUUUUGUGUGUGGCUCAUGCACCAAGGCGUUUGCCAAGGCAUCUGAUCUGAAAAGGCACGAGAACAAUAUGCACAGUGAAAGGAAGCAGGUUACCCCCAGUGCCAUCCAGAGCGAGACAGAACAGUUGCAGGCAGCAGCGAUGGCCGCCGAAGCGGAGCAGCAGUUGGAAACAAUAGCCUGUAGCUAGAGGUGAUGGGACACGAACACUUUGCCUGAGCCGCGGAGACUGAGAUUGCGUUGUUCAUAAUAAAUGAACACAGUCACUGUAUUUUUAAUUUUUUGUGUGUGAAAACUUACGGAGCAUUGUACUCACUGGACCUAAGGCAGUGCCUGGUUAGGUAUUUUUAAAACUUUUCAAGGAAAUAACGUUCCUUGGUUCUGACCAAACAGUUUCACUGUCCUGUCUGGUGUCUAGUAUUAAUGUUGCCAGUGAGCCCUGCCAGUUCUCUUUUUUUAUGGUUUUAAUUUGUGGACUCCUGUGUCCAGUUCAGAAGUGAGAGACUUCUAUUCCAUUUUUAAUUCCUCUUUGCACUUGCUGCGCUGGUGAAUGCACUGCACAGAGUGAUAAUUGAGUAAAUUGAUUUCCUAAUCACAAUUAUAUGUGACUUAUAGUCAAAACAGCAUUUUUAAUAACUUAAUAAAAGUACUUCAUGUGGACGCAGAAAAUAUUGGUGGUUGACCAAGAACACUGCGCAUAUAUGAAAACAAGGCCUAGAAAUGUAGAAUGGUCUUAGAUUUGUAUUUGAUUUGUUAAUUUUCUAUCACUGUUUUUUCACAGUUUUUGUGGGCAAAUAAUGGUUGCUUUGCUGAAGUAUUUCUUCAUCCAUUUUGAUUGCCCAUACCUACCCCAAAGAUGUGGUAACAAGUCCUGAAGGCUGAGCAGAUCCACAGGGAUAUUGGUGAUCUGGUGGCCAAGUUCCUUCAUUCCUCUUAUUUGGGGCAUUGCCACUCUGAAAUAGAUGGGGUCUGUGGAGUGGACCAGGGGUGAGAGGAUUAGAAAAGGGCGAAUAGGAACCUGGUUCUCAAAAAGAAGGUUUUCACAUUUGCAAUAAUUCCAAGAUUUCCUAGAUCAAAGUAAUUCUUAAUUGAUUUUGAAAUUAGGACAAGAACAGGUAUGCCUCUUCAGAUACAUUUGUGUAACAGAAUGUUAACAAGCUUUUGGGCUCUCUGUAGCACAUGAUUUAUCCAUAAAGGAGAUGCAAUACCGUUACUUAAAUUAAUACAUCUAAAAUAUUUUAAGUGUGUAAAUAGUAUAGAAGUGUUGGUCUUAUGUAUUUCAAGGAAAAGUAGACAGCUGCACCUUUUUUUUUGCACAUUGGAUUAAAAUAACUUCCAUCAGCAAGAAACAUCAGUCUGUUGUUAACCAAUAUUAAAGAGUGUCAGACCAAAUGUUUAUGUUUUUGAAGUAUAUUUCAUCACUGGCUACAGUUUUAAGUAGAGUUGAUUGCCUUUUCAUAGCUGUAACAAUUAUAAAUGCUGUUCCAAUUUUGGUGUAUGAAAAUUUUUUAAACCAUUUAUUUGGGAAUAUAUUGAAAUACCAACUACAGUUUGAAUUAUGUUCUAUAAUAAAGCAUUAGUCAGUUAUUUUAGAAUGUACAGUUUUAGAAAGAUGUUGACUUAAAAUUUAUUUUUGCUAGGUUUUUUUUUUUUUAAGAGACAUUAAAAAUAAUUGCAUUUCAUAGCUUGUUGCAUUAACACCUGUAAUUUACACUGUGGGAGAAGUUUUAUUUUUUAAAUGGUGUAUAUGUUAUGCCCAAGAUUGUAGGAUGAAGAUGCUACCUUUUAAGAAACUUAUUUAUUGGUGAAAUGUUUAAUUUAGUUUAAAAUUAAUUUAAUUUCUUUUCUUAAAAGUUGUUUUUCCAUUCUAAAGUAGUCCUGUCACUGUUUCUAUGCUAUUAGUAGAAGGGAAACUGAUUGAAGUUCCUAGGCUGUUUUAACCAAAGCAAAAGAAAAAUAAUUUAACAUUUGGUUGAUACUUUGACAAACCAUUUUUGGGUCUUCAUUUUAGUAUAUAUAAGAAAAUAUACUUAUAUCAUUCCUGUUUUCAUUUUUUCACAGCAAGCUUUCACACAUCCAGUUUUCUACCAAAGUGCAUUUUCUAUACUAUCUUUCAUCAUGGUUUUUCAGAGGUGCAAGUUAUGUGGUUUUAACCCUCAUUGAAACCA